GAGAGAAAGAUUCCUGUGGAAGACCCCAAUCGGCUGCCGACCAGGGAGUGGGGAGACUUCUCGGAAGGCUCAGGACCCGCUGAGUACUUGGACGACGAGGACAUGGCCGACCACGCUCAGGAGGGCGGUGAAGAAGAGGAGAUGGAUAAUGAUGCAAUCAUUCCGGACCCCGACGACCCUACCGGCUUCCCAAAGACCCCUUGCAAGCCCCAUGCCCCGCCGACGCCGGUGGACAGCGACACCGAGGCAGCUGCAGCCGAAGAAGCCUUAGGAGAAGAAGCCGAAAAGAAUGCCGAUGCCCAGAAGGAUUGCUUCGGGGCGGUUGGAUCGGUUUUAAUCGUGCUCUGGCAGGUGCAGCAGAGGAUCCGGAAUGCCGCCACCUUGUCGGAGGUGCAGACAGACGAGGCAGUGCAAGGGCGAGGCAAUCCACGCGGUCGCGGCCGUGGCCGCCGUGGCCGUGGUCGUGGACGAGGCCUCGCAAGGGGCAGCAAGGACGACCAGGCUGUCAAGGCCGAGGACGACGAUCUCGAUGCAGAGGACGAGAAGGCCACGAAUGAGGUACUUUUGGAGGAGGCGGAGGACAAGCCGAAGAACAAAGCGAAGGCAAAAGCAAAGGGACAAGCGAAGAAGGAGCCGAAGGCGAAAGCAAAGGGACAAGCAAAGAAGGAGCCGAGGGCCCAGGAGAAAGUGGAAACGCCCGCCAGUGUGGAGGAGGACUGUCUGUGGCUUGCAAUGUCCAGUUUUACAAAUAAGCUCGAAUCGAAGCCAACAUCGUCCAGGCAUGCAAGCGAGUCACGUCGCUCAGUGCCUACCAGAAGGACCAAUAAAAAUAAUUUAUAA